AAGAACAAAGACACGAGACAACAGACAUAAUUUCCGGCCACGCAGUGCCUAGGAAAUUAUAAUUUAUCAGCCAAGCUGAAUGACGUCGUGCAUCGUUUGUACGACACACGGCGUGACACAAACGGCGAAGUAAGUCGCGUGAUAUUUAAGUGCGAAUCUUUAUUACGGUAUAAUUGCACGCGAUAAAGUUGCACGCACAUAGAAGCAUCAUUCGACCCUGGUUCGAUCGAUACAACGAUUAAUCUCAAAGGAAAGAUGAGGAUCGAACUGUGCUUAAUUCUGGCUCUCCUGAUCGGCGGGAACCACGUGGAGGCGAGGAUUCUGACUCAAUGCGAAGCUGUGCAAGAGCUUCAAAAAGCUCAAAUCCCGAGAACCUAUAUCAGCAACUGGGUCUGCUUGAUGCAGAGCGAGAGCGGAAUGAACACACGGUUGAUCACUGGUCCAAAAACAGCCUCGAGCUACAGUUUCGGGAUUUUUCAGAUCAACAGCGCGAAAUGGUGCUCGAGAGGGCACAGUGGAGGAAUAUGUAACAAACGUUGCGAGGAUUUCGCGGACGACGAUAUCAGGGACGAUACCGAAUGCGCCAAGAAGAUUCAGGCUAUGGAGGGAUUCAAAGCGUGGGAAGGUUGGAAAGAAUGCAAGAACAAGCCAUUGCCGAAUAUUGGAAAUUGCAAACGACGAAAACGAUGGCUGGAAAGGUUAUGGGAUUUGGUGCAAUAAGAUAAGAUUAUCAUUGUCGUUGUUGUAUCAAGUAUUGAAUUAUUGGGUAUUGUUGUUAUCACGAG